UAAAAACCUAGUAGGAUCACUUGUGAGAGCCAAAGCAUGCGGAACAUAUAAACACCAUCCACAUUUUUGGCCUAUUCUGAUUAAAGAAAAUGACAGAACCAGCAUCGACUUCAGCAACAAAAAAGCUAGAAGGCAAAGUUGCGAUAGUAACCGGUGGAGCCAGCGGAAUUGGGGAAGCAACAGCACAUCUUUUUGCUGAAAAUGGUGUGAAGGCUGUUGUAGUUGCCGAUAUACAAGAUGACAAGGGCCGACUCGUCACUGAAUCCAUUGGUUCACACCAGUGCAGCUAUUUCCAUUGUGAUGUUAGUGAUGAAAAUCAAGUCAAGGCCUUGGUGGAGUGGACGGUUCAAACCUAUGGCCAGCUUGAUAUCAUGUUUAGCAACGCUGGCAUAGUAAGUCCCUCUGAUCAGACCGUACUUAACCUCGAUUUCUCACAAUUCGAUCGUUUGUUUGAUAUCAAUGCCCGUGGUAUGGCUGUCUGUGUGAAGCACGCUGCACGAGUAAUGGUGGAGCAGGGGGUGAAGGGAAACAUUGUUUGUACAACAAGUGUGGCAGCCAGCAGGGGAGGAGUUAUUCGGACCGAUUACAUAAUGGCGAAGCAUGCAGUUCUUGGACUAGUUAGGUGCGGGAGUCAGCAACUUGGAGUUCAUGGAAUUAGAGUAAACAGCGUUUCCCCUUCUGCCAUUGCAACGCCGUUGACAUCUAAUUGUGUGCGAAGAACUAGAGGAAAGGAUAUUGGGAAGGUUUACGGGCCGCUUACUAGCUUGAAGGGAAUUGCCUUGACAGUUAGACAUGUUGCAGAAGCAGUGCUGUUCUUAGUUUCUCAGGACUCUGCAUUCAUCACUGGUCAUGAUUUGUCGGUGGACGGAGGAUUGAUUAGUCUUCCUGGUCCAAACAAUUGAUUGAUUUUGUCUGCAAACGAAGUCGAUGUCAUCAGAUGAGGUUUCCCUUAUUAAUUGGUCGCUGUAUUGGGAGCCAGUGAUAUAUUGUGGUCAAUAUUUCAGAAAACCUUCUUUGGAUCAGCCAUGGUUUUGUAUCAUUUUAUUGACAGUAUAUCAUUAGCUUUUGGUUUCAAAAUAUUAAGCAAAACCUUUACGAGGAUGCAGGGAAAAGGUAAAUCUCAACCAAAUAAUUCAAUGUUUUAGAGUUGCUUGGUUUGAUCACUUUGGUGUGGCGUCUUUGGGAAUCUAAAUGCUGUAAUUUUCAAGUACUUGUCAUCAAGAGCAUUUUAACGGACUGUUUGUCUCAACCAAAUAUAUAUAAUAGUUGUUACUUACA